AUGCCACCAUCUCGUCGAGGAGGCAACGCCUCCACCCGCCGCCCCAACCAGUCCACCCUCUCCUUCGGGACUAGGUCUCGCAUCACCAAACCGACUGCGACGCCAACACAGAGUCUCAAGGCGAAGAACCCGGUCGAAAGGGCAGUAGUACCGGAUGUUGUUACCCCGGAGCCAGCCCAGCCUCACAUCGCGGAGGUUGUGGUCAGAGAACAGGCGAAGGAAGAAGUCUCGCAGCCGCUAUCGGCGGAGGAUGAGCGGGCGUUGAAGGUCUCGCAGAGGGAUUUGCAGCGGUAUUGGAAAGGGGAGGAGGCGAAGCGGAGGACGCCACGAGUACAUCAGCAGGACUUGUCGUUGGAGGAGAAGAUCUUAAGGCAUUUCGACCUGUCGAGUCAGUACGGCCCAUGUAUCGGGAUAGCACGGUUGAAGCGGUGGAGACGAGCGAGCAUGUUGAACCUCGACCCGCCGAUUGAAGUUCUGGCAGUGCUACUAAAGGCCGAGACGGAUGUCAACCAGAGAGCUCAUGUGGAUGAGUUGAUGUCGUGACAGGCCCAUGGGGGAGCCUUGUAUAUUAUUAUGCUUUAUGUGGGUGUUUUUGGCGUUAUGGGUUGAUAUGUAUAGCUUACUCCCUCGAACACGAUUUUCAUUUAUGACUCUGUAAACAGUCGAGCUUUCUGGCGAAGAUUAUCCACUAUAUAAGUCGUAACCUAUGAGUCGAACUGUCAUAUUGCUCAUGCGUUAGGCUUAGUAACCUUAUGUCUAGUCCGUCCUCUUCUUUGGUUACAUGCCAACUUGACUUCUCCCUACUUUUAUGCUGCCUUGGCUUCUGCAUACUCUACAUACUCUGCAUACUUCUGCCUUGAGCUGAUAUCUGUUGACGGGUUAAGGGUUAAACAAUUUCUCUUCAAACAAACUUCCAUACAAUUCCCCGCUGAUACGGAGUACAUGAGAAACGUGCAACAGAGU